AGUAACAUUUCAUGUUUUCCCAAAUAGUGAAGGCUGUGUGUGUGUUGGGUUGCGAUGUCGGAUAUAGGAAGUGGUGAUGAAGGUUCAAGCUCGCAAAAAUAUCACCAGGGAAUGGAGCAGGGAAGUGAAUAUGAUUCUGGUCAGCAGCAAGUCGAGCAAGAGCUCGCUACCAAGAUGUUGCAGAUCCAAAGUAAACGUUUUUACUUAGAUGUAAAACAGAAUCGCCGAGGCCGCUUCAUUAAGGUUGCCGAGAUCGGAGCCGAUGGACGACGAUCUCAAAUUUUCCUUGCUCUUUCAACUGCUGCUGAGUUCAGAGACCACCUUUCCGCAUUCAGCGACUUCUACUCUUCACUUGGACCCCCCAACCCUGACAAUGUCCCAGAGGAUGGUAAGCUUAAAAGCGAAAUGAUGAUUAAGGACAACCGCAGAUAUUAUUUGGACCUAAAGGAAAAUUCAAGAGGACGUUUCUUGCGAGUUUCCCAGAUGAUCACCAGAGGAGGGCCACGUAGUCAGGUAGCUAUACCCGCACAGGGUAUGAUCGAGUUCAGAGAUGCUCUGACAGAUCUACUUGACGAAUUCAGUACUGAUGAACAUUCUUACAAACCGGACUUGCCGGAAGGUAGACAUAUGCACGUCGACAACAAAAACUUCUAUUUUGAUAUAGGACAAAACAACCGCGGUGUAUACAUGCGCAUCUCUGAAGUGAAAACUAAUUUCAGAACAGCUAUUACCGUACCUGAAAAGAGUUGGCAAAGGUUCAGAGAUAUAUUAAGUGACUAUUGUGACAAGAUUAAGCAGCCAUCUCAAGGUUCUGGUGGAGGUGUUGCUUCCCAAGAUCAGCCACAUCCAUUGGUUGGCAAUAACACCCAACAAGAUUCCGGGACAAGUUUAAAGUAGGCUAGCUGGCCAUUUUAGACUAUUAGAUUUAUUAAUAUAACAAAUUAAAAAAUUGGAUAGGAACAGCAGUCGAUUUUUUAACCACAAAAACAGAAAAAUAAUUUUUCCCCUCUUUCAAUUAAUAAAUGUGUGAUUUUCGAAUGCCAGGCUGAGAAAUCGACCACUGUCUAAAAUAUUGAUCAGUUCAAGGAGUUGGUUCUUUUGUGCAGUGUUACAAACACUAUAAAUGUUAGAUUCUCUAUUAUAUGUUACAAAAUAAUACUAAAUUAUUUAUG